AAAAUUAAACGUUAAUAAAAUUUACUGCAAAUAUACGUAAAUGCUACGCGAUGAAUUACUUCUCGAGUGUACUAUGUUUGGUUUUAUUUCUCCAACUUCUCGGCCACAAUAUUGGUGAACCAUUAUUUGGCAAUGAAAAUGUACACAUUAAAGUACAUGUACCUGAAGAAAUAUCACACAAGGUUCACGAAACAAUAAUUUAUGAACCCGCUAACAAAAUUACUCAUUAUCAUCGUCAUCAACAUGAACACCGCAAAUAUCCACAAAAAUUAACAAGAACACAAAUACGACAUAAUCAAUAUGAUAAUUUGCUGGAGGAUAUCUUAUUAGCAGACUUUCAAACUACAACACAUUUUGAGAAAACUAAUGAUGAUAUAUAUGAGCCUUUAAACCAACACACUGAAAACUAUAGUAGGGACUAUGAUAAGGCGACAUAUAAAAAACCAGUAAAAUAUAUAAAUACCUAUAAAGUGAUCGAAUAUAAGGAACCAGUUAAAAGCAAAAAUUUAUACCCACCACAACAUCAAUACAAACGUCAACAUAAAUCGAAAACACAUAACGUACUAAAUCAAUUUAUUGAGUCGAAAUAUCUACCACCAACUGGAGGCGGAGAUGUGCUCUACAACCUACCCGAUAGCACAGAUUUUUACCAUUACCCAGUCAAAACACAAACAAAGUCUACAAACCCGCACAAGAAUUCGAUGAAAUAUCAAGAAGUGAAUGAUUACUAUAAGCCCGCCCUUGACAUAAAACCGCCUUAUUACUCGCAUAACGCUGAUCUAAGCCCACAAGAUGAUUUUGAGCUGAGCACGAAUAUUAAUUUGUUGCCAGCAUACGAUAUUCCGGCAUUAUCAGCGGAUCACACAGACACAGAGACAUAUGAUUUGUUAACUCCCAACGAAACUCUCACUUUGCCCAUUAAAGAGGCAUCAGACUUCCAUAGCCCAUUACAGUCUCAUGCCUUUAAUAAUGGAGAUUUUAAGCCCUUCAUUGGCGAAAUGUACCUACCUGUUGGUGAAUACAGUUCCAUUACACAUGAAGCAGCUGAGACUUACACGGGCAUCGAUAGCUAUUCUGCAAGUCAUGUGCAAGGCCUAGACUAUAUCAGCAAUCCACCCUAUCGACGCUGGAGUUCGUUUAUUUAA